CUACCGUCUGUGAAGAAACUAAAGACAUAACACGCGUCGUGUGCAAUACAUCGAUGACGGAUCAUAUGAUGGUGAGGUUCCAAGAGAUUUCAAAGCUCUAUAAGCUACCAGACGUCGUCAAAUUAUCAAAGGAGGAUGUGGAAACCAUGUUUCCUCGUCUUUCCAUGAUUGAACCAAGGAUACUUGAGAAAAGCAAGCAACCACUGCUGGUUUCAGUACAUAUUCUUCGCAGUCUACAUUCCCUUUGGUUUCGGUACAAUGAAGAAUUGAUUGCUUUCCAGAUGGGACGGUUCAAGCCCUUCCUAUCCAUACCAGCCCCUCUUUUCUGGGAUUCUCUCUCUGUAGCAGACUUGUCUUCUUUGUGGCCCCUCAAGGUGGUUUGUGUUUAGCUUUGGAGCUAAUUACCCAAGUGGUCGCCUUAGUUCUUGCUCGUGUUGGUCUUCCUAGUUCCUUCUGGCAGCAUUAUGGCUCGUUUCGUGCAUCAGCUUUUGCUGGAGCUCAGAGUUUUUCUUUUCUUUGUGCUGUUUGUAUUAAGAGUUUGCUUCGCGUCAGUUUUAUUGGGUUCUUUGUGUCUGUCUUGGGUAUCAUAUGCAAGGGGCUCAAUAGCGUUUCUUACUGUAUCAUUUUACUUGUUUAAUGAAGUUGCCUUCUAAUGAAAAAAAUCCAGACUGUACGAUAACGAAGUUCAAUAAAAAACGUUGCGUUGAUUCCAA